AGCGCAGGUGAAGAGAACGAUCGAGAGAACUCAAUAGUUUUGUUCGCUACAAAGAUCAGUUUCAAUGAUUCAAUCGUCUGAGAUAUAAGUACUAAACAUGAAAGUCAUUCUUUUUUCCAUUUUUGUUACAUUCGUUAUUUUUGAAGUUGUAAAUUCUUCAGAAAUUUCAAUUAAAAAUGAAAAAGUUAUCAAUGGAUUAAAAAACACAACACAAUUGAUUAUCGAAAAACUUAAACAAUUCGAGGAAAAAAUGCAUUCUGAUAUGAAAAUCAAAAUUAAUCAAUCAAAACUUGAUUCUUUAAAUCGUAUGGAUGGAAUUGUUUAUUACGUUCUCCAUGGAGUCGAGACGGCAGUCAGUGCAGUGAACGUUACAGGAAUUGAUGCUUCAUCUUGUCAAAAAAUGUCAAACAAUAGUUUGAGAAAAUUGAACGAAACGACUUAUUUGAAUCUUGACAAAUGUACUCCAAUUUCUUUGUCAUCUGCUACUCCACUUUUGAAAAAUAUUACCAAAGCCCUACAGGUUGCAAAUAAAACUAUAACUGAUCUCAACAAUAUCGUGGCCACAUGUUCUUUGGACAAAGCAACAAUACCAGAAAAGUGUGUCAUUAAUAAAAUCGAAGAAUUUCAAAUCUCAAAUAAUAGACAACAAAAUAUCAUAUUCAAAUUAAAAAAUGAAGGACUCACUGUAUUGAAAAAUGUGAAAAUUUCAGCAAAAGCCUGUCAAUCAAAAUUCGUCUACGAUAUGCGAGUUGAAGCUACAUUUAAAGUUUAUCGAGACGCUAAUCUUUGCAUUCGAAGUAUUUACAAAUCCGGUCUUUAUAAAAUUUUACUUUAAAUUAAAAUUUUCAAUUUCAAAAAAAAAUUUAAGAUUCAGAAUUUUAUUUUUGAAAUGUAAAUCGUAACAAAUGUUUCUUCAUUUCAAAAAAAUACCCAGUGGGCACUGGGACUUGGGAUGUCUUUAGGGCAUCCUUGCAUGAAAAUAAAAAUUUAAUCAAAAUCAGGUUAAAUUUAUAAAAUUUUUCAUAUUUAUUAAAUAAUUAAUGAGUACAGGUCCCAAAAAAAUUCCAAUUUAAAUAAAUUUAUAAUU